AUGGCUUUGAGCGAUGUUGUUGUGAUUUCCGUGACUUGUGCUGUCACCGUUUUCCUGUCUGUAUUGCUGAUAACAGUCCUGUGCCUCCGCUUUCGACAGCAGAAGAAUAUACACCAUUCCACCAAUGGGCGCAGCCGCGAUUUGUACCCUCAGUCUCGCGGAAGGUUUCAGUCUUCAAUAGCUUUCCCAUACGCUGGCACGAGGCAAUGGUCUGCAAUAAGCUCUAUGGAAAACAUUCCCCAGCAAGGCUCCAUUGGUAUUCCAGAGCCACCUCCCUGUCUUUCGACAGAGAGAAGGUUUUUGCGUACAUCAGUUACAUCCACGCGUAAUUCCCGUCGCCUGCAGAAGAAACGAAGUAGAGAUAUACCUCUCGAGUCUUUCGUAUCUUCUCCCGCCUACGAAAGCUCCUCAGAUAUUGCCAACAUUGGUUCCUUCCCCCAUGAUGCCGCGGAGCUUCGAGCUGACAGCACGCCAAAGUCAAGACAGCAAACCCAGCAGCCCCAGCAGAAUGAUAACAUAGCUGAGGAUGUGGGAGGCCGCAUCACUUCGUGGCCACAGACUACUAGAAAGGGAUCGUACUAUGAUAUUACUGCAACUAUGCGGGGCGGGCCAAUUGCUAAUGCUGCAUUAGCGAAAAGACUGUCUGAAAGUAUCCUGCAACAAAUUCCUGGUUCUCCUCCAAAGCAGCCUGUUCCUCCCUUGCCGUCCCUCCGGCCGCCUGGAGUACCUCAACUGACUAGACAUGAUUCGAUGCUCCUUUCAAACAAAAGCCUGGAUACUGCGGGUAGCUCAAUCCUUGAUGAUGUCGCUAAUGAGACUGGUUUUGUUGAUUUGGAGGCCGCCAGAUCACUCCUUCCAAGGACACAUGAGCGGUAUGGUUCGGCCUAUGUUUGGGAUUUUCCAAGCUCUAGUAGAGGCGGAUCGGUCUCCCGGAUCUCAAAAGUGUCAUCCCCGCGUCGAUAUAGCUCGACAUCUGCCAGCUCACACAAGCACGGCGAAGAACGUCCGUCCCCUCGACGAAGUGUAUCGAUGCACUAUCCGUCGUAUGUCCCAAGUGGCCCAUGGAUUCAGAGUAGCAUCCAUGGCGAAAUCAAGCAACCUCCGUGUAUAUAUGACCCAAAUGUGAAUAAAUAUUCCAGAGUUGAUGGUGAAGUUAAGCCAGGCCACGGACUAGUGAGUUCUAGCAUACUGAAGCCUGUGACGGAGAACAGGAAAAAUCGGCAAGGUCGCCCACAACGUUCAGCUGGCAGUGAAAGUCCGACUAAACGAUCUCGUGGUGCCGAUUCCCUAACCCUAUCAAUCUCCACGAAGACGACUAUCAAUAGUCGCAAGAAGGGACAUAAACGAGAAAAUAGCGGUAGGUUAUCCAUUGGUUACCCUGGUCCGGCUUCGCUGUCGCCAACGAUUGAAGAGUCAGAGGAGAUUUCACGCCAAGCUACCCCUCAAGCAACAGCGUCUGUCACAGUCCCUGAGGAGAAGGCAUCUUCAAAACUGCCAUCUGCUGCUGCGGAUUCUCAGAAUCCUUUUGACAAUGACGAGCACAAUCUGGCCGACGACGAAGCUGACACUACGCCUACCUCUGCCCAAUGUAACCCGACUACAGAGGAUGGUGUAUCAAAAGCUUCUCCGACUCCCAUUGACGAAAAGCCCACUAUUCCGCGUCGUUCUUCGCUGCGUCGCAACUCAACUAGCACAAGAUCUCAAUUCCUGGCUCAGUAUCAGCCCACCCGCUCAUCUUCAAUAACGCCCACCACUACUACUAGGAAGGGCCAGCGCCACCCAACAAACACAAUGGCGGGCACACUGACAAACAUACCGAUAUGUACAACACCACGGAGUGUUUCCGGCUCCUCGAGUCUGAAAAGUUACAGUGACACCGUUAGCGGGAGCAAUGAGCAAAAAAGCCACGAAGGCAGCAAUUAUCCAAUGAGAAAUGCUUUUGCUCUUCUUGCAGCCUCUCCACAGACGGACUCAGAGAUGGAAGAGUCGUGGAUAAGAAAGCCAAGACCACUGCCCAUCCUACCUUUACCUUUGAUGAGGGAACAAGCGUCUUCCCGUCCUCCAAAAUUCCGCGCAGCACUCGCCACGAUACAAUCUAUUUCCAAUAUCGCGAUACAAUGUGAAUCUGAUGAGAAAUCUGCCGGUGCAGGUGAGAAUUUCAAUAAUGAAAAAUAUGGCAUUGAUAGCGGCAAGGAUGAAUCCGGUAGUGGAUCAACCACACCAACAGCCAGUCCCUCAAAGAACAACCAACGGGCAAGCGAAAAGCCAACAGCUGAUCCUAUGGAAGAGAAGGGAAUGGAGACGCCUUCGGAGAAACUUGGGUGGUGUUCGGAAUCUUUGGCUUCAACGCCGUUGAAAGCAGGCAUGGAAAUAGGGGCGGAACAGAUGGUCUCAUCUCUUGUGAGGACUCCUGGGAGCAUAUAUGACCAAUUUGGGUUUUUAAAGGAAUGA